AUGAAGUUGGUGCAUAUGCUAGUGCUCCAGCUGGCAUCAUUUGGCUUGCUGAUAACAGUGCACCCCAUCCGUCGAGCAAGAAGCAAUGCCUUUGCCAUUGUUUCAACUACGAUCACAUUCAUUGCCAUGUCCAUCAACCAGGCUGUGGUUUCAUCUCUAAAUCUGUUUUACCUUUCAUGGGGGAACCGUGCAGAGGUCAGGGUGCAAGGCACGAGAAUUCAAGCGGGCGGGUUUCGAUGGAAAAUUAUCUGCUUGGAACUGCACAGCAAGUUAAACGACGUUAUCCGUCUUGACUUUGUCUCAUUCAUACAUAAUCUCUUGGACGUGACUGGUAUUGAUCGGAGAGUGGGCAAUGAUCCGUUAGUGGAUAAGGGAAGUUACCAGAAAGACAUGGUAGGACACGAUCGCACACAUAAAGAAAACCAAGUGAGAAAGGUGGAGGAGGGGGAGAAAGGGAAAGGACGGAAGUGAGCUAGUAAGUUGAAGGAA